AUGCAAACGGACCAGCCGAGCGUAGCCGCCAGAGGCUGGCGAAAGUUUCCGUACAGCCUCCAGGAAGCGCAAACCGCGAACAGGCACAGCGGCAGCGCCACCACCAUGUACGGCAGCGCACCCGCUGCCCCUGCCUUAAGGCCAGACCAUGUGGAUGUGCAGAUGAAUUCCGCGGAUGUGGAGGCGGCGGCGACGUCCUCAUCGCAGCCGUCGCCAUCGCCGCCGUCCUCCCCUAAGAAGGGGCUUGAGUCCGCCCGCAGCUCCGCCGCUGGUGGUGCCGGUGCCGGUGCCAGCAAGGGGAGCAGCAGGAGCUUAAAAUGGAUUGCUGUAGCCGUGUUUGUGGCUGUGGCAGUGGGCGUGGGAGUGGGCGUCGGUGUGGGUGUGGGUAUAGGUGGCAAGAAGGACAAGGGCGGCGGCUCGGGGCUUUACUCGGCGAUCGAUCUGGGCGCGGCUGUGGCGGGGCGCACCUACUUCAUCGCAGCUGACCAGAUCUCUUGGGACUACGCUCCCUCAGGUCGCAACCUGUGCUACGACGACCGCAUGGCCGCCAUGUUCCUGACACCGGGCUUCACGCGCGUGGGAGGUACCUUCACCAAGGCUCAGUACCGGGAGUACACGGACAGCAGCUUCAAGACUCUCAAGCCCCGACCUGCGGAGUGGCAGCACCUCGGCAAUCUGGGGCCCCUCAUUCGGGCCGCCGUCGGGGAUGUGGUUCGUAUCGUAUUCAAGAACAACCUCCCAAGCGGCGUCGCCGUCAAUAUGGUGCCCAACGGCGGCAUCGUGGCUUGGGACGGCGCCGGCCGUACAUCCGCCCGCGUGCAACCCGUGCCCCCUGGCGGCGCCGCCACCUACCUCUGGGUCGUGCCGCCGGAGGCAGGGCCUGCAGGACCGGACGCUACCGUCACCUCGCGGUUGUGGCUGUACGGCAGCAGCGUGGAUCCGUCGCUGCACGACAAUGCGGGCCUGGUGGGCCCUAUCAUUGUGACGGGCGCCGGUGUGGCGAAGGCGGCGGACGGGCGGCCGAGUGAUGUGGACCGGGAGCUGGUGGUUAUGUUCCAGUCCGUGAACGAGCGCUCCAGUGCCAUGCUGCCGUACGGCAAGGCUCCGCCGUCCGAUGUGUCGUACACCAAGAUGGCGAUGAACGGCUAUGUGUGGUGCAACAUGCCCCACGACUACCUGACAUUGGCUGUGGGGGAGCGGGUGAGGUGGCACCUGGCCAGUGUGGGCUCGAGUGACAGCCUCCACAACUACCACUGGCAUGGACAUACUGUUGAGGCGGUUGCGAUUGUUCGGUUGCAGCUCAACGGUCACCACGUGGACCAGUUUACGGGCAUUCCUGGCGCCGCUUAUUCGGUUAACAUGGAGUUGGACGAGCCGGGAGCCUGGAUGUUCCACUGCCACGUCAACUUCCACAUGGAUGGAGGGAUGGUCAACUUGUACACCGUGAAGGGCAACCCAGCCCCGCUUCCCUCCGGGGGCACCGAGCGGGUUUACUACGUGGCCGCUGAGGAGGUGGAGUGGAGCUACACGGGGCCGAACAACACGGAGAUGUGCGGGGACUCUCCGGUGCCAUUCUCUGAAGGCAUCGAUGGCUCCCAGUUCGUCAAUGGACCCCUGGCAGACGGUGUGGACUCCCGGCUGGGCUACAAACUCACCAAGACAUUAUUUGUGGAGUACACCAACAGCAGCUUUUCGGUGAAGAAGGAACGUUCGCCAGAGGAUUCGUACCUAGGCUUCGUGGGCCCCAUUUUCAAAGCUGUUGUCGGUGACACGAUUAAGGUUAUACUGCUCAAUCGCGCCAACAUCAACGUUUCCAUGCACCCCCACGGUGUGCGUUACAACAAGGCCAGUGAGGGCACCCUGUACGAAGAUGGCACAGCAGCCAACCAGAAGUUGGACGACGUCGUACAGCCGAACCAGAAGUACGAGUAUGUGUGGCAGGUGACGGAACGCUCCGGCCCAGGCCCCCGGGAUCCGUCCUCCUUAUUGUGGAUGUAUCACAGCCAUGUGGAUGAGACCGCGGACACCUAUGCAGGACUGGCUGGUGCUAUCAUUGUUACGGAUUCAGCCAAGGCUGUCAACCCCGUCUCCGACCCCCGACCCACCGACGUGGACCGCGAGCUCGUCAUCUUCUUCGCCGUGACCAACGAGAUCAAGUCGUCCAAUUUUAUGGCCAACCUGCGGACGCGGUUGGGGGAUGACGGCGCUCUGGCGGCGGAUGACGACGCGGUGAAGGACCUGAUAGCAGAUCCGGGCUUCAUGGAGCAUAUGCUGAAGCACGGCAUCAACGGCUUCAUGUACUGCAACAUGCCAAAGCUGACUUUCACGCAGGGCGAUAAGGUUCGCUUGCACGUCAUGGUUUUGGGCACUCUGGAAGACAUGCACACCCCCAACAUGGGCGGUCCCCGGUUCGACUACAACGCCCAACACACGGACAGCAUUCAGAUCAGCCCGGGCGGAAUGUACGAGCUGCAGUGUCGGGUUGCUGACCACGUCAUGUCCGGUAUGAGGGCCAAGUACGAGGUGCUCCAGAAUCCGGCUUUGGUUGAGGCCACAACGCCUACGGGCACUACCCGCAAGUACUAUAUUCAAGCUGAACCGGUGGACUGGGACUACGCACCGAACGGCUACAAGUGCAACAAAAAUUUGGUGGACGAGAGCGGUCUGAAGUUCAAUGCAUACAAGUACCUGGAAAAGGGGUGGUACACUGUUGGAUCGCGUUACCGCAAGGCCGUAUUCAGGGCGUACACGGACGAAAGCUUCACCGUACGCAAUGCGACACCAGCGUACUAUGGGACCAUGGGACCCACAAUUGUGGUCGAGGUUGGGGACAUAUUAGAGAUCCACCUCCGAAACAACCUGACGGACCUGGCCAACUACCCCAUCAACAUUCAGAUGGGUGGCGGGCUGGUGGUCCGGGGGGAUAACUGCCAGGAGGUGGCGGCGGGGGAAAUGUGCGUGUAUCGCUGGCUGGUGCCGGUCAGCGCCGGACCUGGACCAGCGUCACAAAUCAACGAGACAGAUCUGGACGCGGGAACCAGCGCAGUGUAUCAUGAGGGCAAUAGGAAACACUCCAUCAACGGUUUCCUGUACUGCAACCUGCCGGGACUAAACAUUCCAGCUGGCGCUACUGUGCGGUGGUUACUCGUUGCGUACGGCACGGAGGGCGACUUCCAUUCGCCGUACUUCAUGGGUCAGGUCACCAAGGUGGACGUUAAUGGCUUCAGCACCUUGGCUUCACUCAUGCCGUCAAUCGCGAGGGCAGCGGAUAUGCGCGCAGUGGACAAGGGCACGUGGCUGCUCUCAUGUGCCGUACAUGACCAUUACGUGGCAGGCAUGUUGGCGGAGUUCACAGUCGCAUGA